GUCUCCUUGAUGGCAGUCCAGGGAGGCAAGUUGCCUCUGUGGCUGUGGCUAUGGCUGUCCUUGCUGACGGUGCUGCUGGGGGCGAGAGCGCGGUGGAGAGGGGAGGGUACCACGCCCCACCUCCAGAGCAUCUUCCUGGGCCGCUGCGCAGAGUACACCACGCUGCUGAGCCUGGGGGACAAAAACUGCACAGCCAUCUGGGAGGCCUUCAAGGGGGUGCUGGACAAGGACCCCUGCUCUGUGCUCCCCUCAGACUAUGAUCUCUUCAUUAACCUCUCCAGCCACCCCAUUCCUAGGGAUAAGUCACUGUUCUGGGAGAAUAACCACCUGCUCGUUAUGAGCUACGGGGAGAACACCCGCCGCCUCGUGCCCCUGUGCGACGUGCUGUACGGCAAAGUUGGCGAUUUCUUGAGCUGGUGUCGACAGGAAAAUGCCUCUGGACUUGAUUACCAGUCCUGCCCCACAUCAGAAGACUGUGAAAACAAUGCCGUGGACGCCUAUUGGAAAAGUGCAUCCAUGCAGUAUUCAAGAGACAGUUCAGGGGUGAUCAAUGUCAUGCUGAACGGCUCGGAGCCAAAGGGAGCCUAUCCCACGAAAGGGUUUUUUGCAGAUUUUGAAAUCCCAUACUUACAAAAGGAUAAAGUCACAAGAAUUGAGAUCUGGGUUAUGCAUGAAGUUGGAGGACCCAGUGUGGAAUCCUGUGGCCAAGGCAGUGUGAAGACGCUGGAAGACAGAUUGGAGGCGCUGGGGUUCCAGCACAGCUGUAUCAAUGACUACCGACCAGUGAAGUUCUUAAUGUGUGUGGACCACAGCACUCACCCCGACUGUGUCAUGAACUUAGCCUCAGCAUCUAUGCGGAGGGAGAGCCCAUCUCUUCAUGCCAUAGGACAUGCCAGCCUUCUCAUUUGUCUCUUGGUAGCUUUGACUUCAAGUUCUCAGGUGUGACUAGAAAAUCACCACAGGGUCCUAACAGAGGCCAGCUUUGCAGCCACCCUUGAGCAGUCGACUGUCCUGUGUAAACUAAGGGAGCCCAUUGUCUCAAGACAGUCUCUUCUAGGAAAACAGUGUAACCAGACGGUGAUCCAAUUGUAUUUACACUCAUGAUUCAAGAAACAAGGCAUUCAUCUUGUCCUGCUUAUCCAGCAGAAGUUGCUACUAUGGGUUUAAAGUUAUUAUUUCUUAUUUGAUAAUGAUAAAAAGCACUGAGACCUGGAGUGUAGUUUAAUCUUACAUAAUUAAAUGUAUUUUUGGAAGCAUC